AUGUUUGGAAUUGCCACCAUCGGCAGACAUGCAUGUCCAUUUGAGGCAGGACAAGAGCUACAGGUCAUGGAACUAGUGACUCCUACAAUCCGUCAGGGCGGUGUAGAUACUGUGUUCGUGAUGCCAAACUUACAGCCGCCUAUUACAAGUGUGGCUCAAGCGCUGGAAUACCAGUCUCGCCUGCGGUCUAUUGAACCUAAAGUCAAUUUUCUCAUGUCUCUCUACCUUCAUCCUUCCGUUACCCCAGAAGUAAUUGCUGAAGCUUCUCUCUCUCGUGCUAUUGCAGGAGUUAAGUUGUACCCUCAAGGUGUUACGACAAACUCCGAGUCAGGCGUUGCAGGUGACUUUUUGGAAACCUAUUCUUCUGUCUUCGCCGCUAUGGAACAGCAUGAUCUUGUACUAAACUUGCACGGAGAGGUCCCCGGAGCUCCACCAAGCGCCAAUAUGUCCCUCGAAGAGGCUUUCUUGCCAGACCUAAAGAGGAUUCAUGAGAAGUUCCCCCGACUUCGAUGCGUCCUCGAGCAUUGUUCUACUGCAGCAGCUCUGGAUGCUGUACGGGCUUGCGGCCCAUCAGUUGCUGGAACUAUAACAGCGCAUCACCUCUACCUGACAGGGGAUAUUAGUGAGGUGGAUCCUCUGGCGUUCUGCAAGCCUAUUCCAAAGACGGCUGAAGAUAGAGAUGCUCUGAUUAAAGCCGCAAGUAGCGGUGACCCCAAGUUCUUCUUUGGUAGUGAUAGCGCGCCGCAUCUCUUGGUGUCCAAGAGUGGUAAACCAGUUCCCGCCGGCGUGUAUACCCAGAGUUUUGCAUCACAACUUGUCAUUCUAGCUCUAGAAGAGGCAAUCGAAAAGGGAAUAAUUGAGGAACACGAAGUCACGCAGGAGCGGCUCGAGCAGUUCCUGAGUCGGUCUGGAAGGCGCUUCUACAAGCUGCCCGAACCUGCCGCUGAUGGACCCAAGAUUGUGCUUAGAAGAACAGGCGAAACAAUUCCCAAGAGCAUAAAGUCCGCCGAUGGUACUCUUGAGAUUGGGUUGUCGAGACAUUCGGCUCCCAUUUUCAGUUUGAGCUGGACCUCUUAG